CACAAGACAACUUCCUCUUUGCGUUCUCUGCCGCCAUGCCCACCAAACAGUCCAAGACCAGGAAGCUGCGCGGACACGUCAGCCACGGUCACGGGCGCAUCGGCAAGCACAGGAAGCAUCCUGGAGGUCGCGGUAAUGCUGGCGGGAUGCACCAUCACAGAAUCAACUUCGACAAAUAUCAUCCUGGGUAUUUUGGAAAGGUGGGCAUGAGACACUACCACUUGAAGAGGAACACUCUCUUCUGCCCCACCAUUAACCUGGACAAGCUGUGGACGCUGGUCAGCGAGCAGACGAGGGUCAACUACAGCACGAAGCCCGAUGGCCCGGCGCCCAUCAUCGACGUCGUGCGCGCUGGCUUCUUCAAAGUGUUGGGGAAAGGCAAGCUGCCCAAGCAGCCGGUGAUCGUGAAGGCCAAGUACUUCAGCAGACGAGCGGAGGAGAAGAUCAAGGGUGUUGGAGGAGCGUGUGUGCUCACUGCUUGAACUGCGUUUGCUAAAUAAACAACAGAAAAAU